GACUGCCAGCUGGGACAGACGCUCACUCGCGGUUCCGUUGUGGGGCGACCGGCAGCCACCCGGCCGGCCAUGAGGGGUACGCCCCUGCUCCUCGUCUCUCUGUUCGCUCUGCUUCAGCGUGGGGACUGCCGCCUGGCCAACGCAGAGGAGAAGCUGAUGGAUGAUCUCCUGAACAAAACCCGCUACAACAACCUGAUCCGCCCAGCCACCAGCUCUUCUCAACUCAUCUCCAUCCGCCUGGAGCUAUCACUGUCCCAGCUCAUCAGUGUGAAUGAGCGAGAACAGAUCAUGACCACCAGCAUCUGGCUGAAGCAGGAAUGGACUGACUACCGCCUGGCCUGGAACAGCUCCUGUUAUGAAGGGGUGAACAUUCUGAGGAUUCCCGCCAAGCGUGUGUGGUUGCCUGACAUCGUGUUGUACAACAAUGCCGAUGGGACCUAUGAGGUGUCUGUCUACACCAACGUGAUCGUGCGUUCCAACGGCAGCAUCCAGUGGCUGCCCCCUGCUAUCUACAAGAGUGCCUGCAAGAUAGAGGUGAAGCACUUUCCCUUUGACCAGCAGAACUGCACCCUCAAAUUUCGCUCCUGGACCUAUGACCACACAGAGAUUGACAUGGUUCUUAAAUCACCCACAGCCAUCAUGGACGACUUUACCCCCAGCGGUGAAUGGGACAUUGUGGCCCUCCCGGGACGAAGGACAGUGAACCCGCAGGACCCCAGCUAUGUGGACGUGACCUAUGACUUCAUCAUCAAGCGCAAGCCACUCUUCUACACCAUCAAUCUGAUCAUCCCGUGUGUGCUCAUCACCUCGCUGGCUAUCCUGGUCUUCUACCUGCCCUCCGACUGUGGGGAGAAGAUGACGCUCUGCAUCUCGGUGCUGCUGGCACUCACAUUCUUCCUGCUGCUCAUCUCCAAGAUCGUGCCUCCCACCUCCCUUGACAUUCCCCUCAUUGGCAAGUACCUCUUGUUCACCAUGGUGCUGGUCACCUUUUCCAUCGUCACCACUGUGUGUGUCCUCAAUGUGCACCACCGUUCACCCAGCACUCACACUAUGGCAUCCUGGGUCAAGGAGUGCUUCCUGCACAAGCUGCCCACCUUCCUCUUCAUGAAGCGCCCUGGGCUCGAAGUCAGCCCCGCCAGAGUCCCUCAUCCCAGCCAGCUGCACUUGACCACAGCUGAAGCUGCAUCCACCUCUGCCUUAGGCCCCAGCAGCCCAUCCAACCUCUAUGGGAAUUCCAUGUACUUUGUGAACCCUGUCCCUGCCACUCCUAAGUCUGCAGUCAGCUCCCACACGGCAGGCCUCCCCAGAGAUGCCCGGCUGAGGUCCUCUGGGAGGUUCCGGCAAGAUCUACAGGAAGCAUUAGAGGGUGUCAGCUUCAUCGCCCAGCAUUUGGAGAGUGAUGAUCGAGAUCAGAGUGUCAUCGAGGACUGGAAAUUCGUCGCGAUGGUCGUCGACCGCCUGUUCCUGUGGGUGUUCGUGUUUGUGUGUAUUCUGGGCACCAUGGGGCUCUUCCUGCCACCCCUCUUCCAGAUCCACGCACCCUCCAAGGGCCCCUAGGCUACCCAGCGUGUUAUGGGCCCCUGGGUUGUAGUGAGAUGAUAUGAGCAGCCCAGUGGGCGGUUCACUGCUUCAUCUGGGUCGUAGCUAAUGAGACCCUAAGGAAAGCUAAGACUAUUGGCAGUCGGCCCGUCAAUCUAGCCAUGAGAAGGACAGAGAUAGGUGGCUUGCACUGAUCGCUCUGAAUGCCUUCGAGUAAGUCCCUGAAGGAGGGGCAUUAGGCUGCUGAAGUCCAGUCUGGCCUCCUUCCUUCCAUGUGCCAGGCAUUGGAGUCAGACAGCUGUGUAUCAUCCCAUCACCCCCAGCCCGCCUUUCCAUCCCUUUCCCUUCAAUCCAGGCUACCCACUAGAUUCCCUGGCCGUCUUUCAUUUCCUCACACUUCCAGAUCCUCCCAGGUUAGAACCUUCAUAUCUUCUGUAGCUACCGCCCAAACCUCAGACUCUAAAUUCCCAAGAUUUUCAUAUGGCUGCACUAGUCAGAGCUCUAUUCCCAUGAUCCUCUGCUCCAAUAUGUCACUUCCUUGUACAAGCCUUUCCUAGCCAUGCACUCCAAAGCAGCGUCUCCCAUACCGCGUUAAACCUCCAGCUUCCUUGAGUGUCCUCCAUUGAUAGCUGCAGUCCUUAGUUGGUGGCACACUGGUCACCAGCACCUUGCCCAUUAAAGUCUAUGCUCUACAAGGGCCAGAGUGCGUGAAUUCACAUUCACACUCCAGAGCUUGGGACGGAGCUCUGCAC